AUGAUAGUCGAUGCUUUUUUCACAUAUCUUCCCCUGGUACUGUGUGUAUAUCAUUUAAGAGGAUUGACAAGAAGAAGUGUUUAUCAUUCGAAUCAGAUCAUACGAAUUGUGCUCUGCUUUGCCGUUUCCAACAUUCUGAAGCUCUACUUCAGAGUGGAGAGACCCUGCGAUGACAAUCGGGGGUACAUAAGGGGUAUUAUAGAUGGCACUAUCUACGUAUUUACUUCGAACUACGCAUUUCCCAGCACACACUCCGUGUUCUACACACAGUACUUCAUGUACAACAUGUCUGUUCUCACGUUCUUAAUAGGAUUGUUCGGAAUAUUCACUCGGAUUUUCUACAACCACCAUACACCGGCACAGGUAUUCUUUGGGCUAUGCUUCGCUUUGCUUAUGGAGAUAUCGCUUCUAAAUCGGUUCAAGCUUAGAAAAAAAUCUGUCAUCGAGAGCAACUGGGUAAGAUAUAAAAUGAAACAAAACAAGGAUUACAGCGCAAAAAUGCUCAAAACAAUGAACAUCUGUGCCCAUAACAAAUUAUAGACAGCGUGUCUUAGCAAUAAUUUAAGUAUAAAUAAAUAGGUGCAUUGUUUGUGAUUCUCU